GAAGAGCCGUGUUGUCUUUAUCACAGAGGGCUCGAGCUGCAGCGCUUUUUAUUUCAGAGUUGUUCCUGCAACAGAUCUGAGCAGCAGAAUGAGCGGAAGAGGAAAGACCGGUGGUAAGGCUAAAGCGAAACCUAAAACUCGUUCAUCCAGAGCCGGACUCCAGUUUCCCGUGGGCCGUGUCCACAGGCUCCUGCGGAAAGGCAACUAUGCCGAGCGUGUCGGCGCCGGCGCUCCAGUUUAUCUGGCCGCCGUGCUGGAGUACCUGACUGCUGAGAUCCUGGAGUUGGCCGGUAACGCCGCUCGUGACAACAAGAAGACUCGCAUCAUUCCCCGCCACUUACAGCUCGCUGUGCGCAACGACGAGGAGCUGAACAAACUGUUCGGCAGAGUGACCAUCGCUCAGGGUGGUGUGCUGCCGAACAUUCAGGCGGUGCUUUUGCCCAAAAAGACCGAGAAGGCCGGCAAGACUAAAUAA